AUGGCAAAGGGGAGGCGGGUGUAUGUGGUGGGGGUUGGGAUGACUAAGUUUGUUCGGCCAGGGGUGAAUAAACUGCUGGAUUACCCGCAAAUGGUGAACGAAGCCGUGACUAACGCUCUCAAGGAUUCAAAACUCAAAUAUUCAGACAUAGAGUACGCGGCCGUUGGCUAUGUCUUCGGCGACUCGACCUGUGGUCAAAAGGCGUUGUAUGAGAUCGGGAUGACUGGCAUCCCUAUAGUGAACGUCAAUAACAACUGCUCGACCGGAUCGACGGCUCUAUAUUUGGCCAAAAAUAUGAUAUCCGGAGGACUGCAUGAGUGCGCGCUGGCCGUCGGGUUUGAGAAGAUGGAGAGGGGAGCCCUCACAUCCAAGUAUAAGGAUCGGGUGAAUCCCAUGCAGUCUCACGUGAAUGUGUUUUACGACUUGUAUGGCAUGGAGGCGGCGCCCAUCACCGCACAGAUGUUUGGCGCGGCCGGCAAAGAGCAUAUGCAGAGGUACGGCACACGACCCGAACAUUUCGCCAAAAUAGCCGUCAAAAACCACAGACACUCCGUGAAUAACCCGUACUCACAGUUUCGUGAGGAGCACACACUCAAGGAGAUCAUGGACUCACCCAAAGUUUAUGACAUCCUAACCCGUUAUCAAUGUUGUCCCACAUCUGAUGGCUCGGCGGCCGCUAUUCUGGCCUCAGAAGACUUUGUCCGCCGACACAAUCUGACAGAACAGGCGGUGGAGAUACUGUCGAUGCAGAUGACGACAGACAGUCCGUCGGCUUUUGAGGAGAAGUCGGCCAUAAAGUUGAUUGGUUUCGAUAUGACUAAAGCGGCCGCAGAGAAGGCUUUCGCCGAAUCGGGUCUUACGCCGAACGACAUCUCUGUCAUUGAACUCCACGACUGCUUCUCGACCAACGAAUUGAUUACUUACGAGGCGUUGGGUUUAUGUCCAGUGGGCGGAGGAAAGGAUUUGGUUGAUAGCAAUCAAAACACUUAUGGCGGCAAAUAUGUUAUUAAUCCGAGCGGAGGUUUGUUGAGUAAAGGACACCCAUUAGGCGCAACUGGUUUAGCUCAAUGUGCGGAACUGAAUUGGCAGUUGAGGGGUAUGGCUGGUCCGAGACAAGUGCCCGGCGCUAAGUACGUCCUGCAGCAUAACAUAGGACUGGGAGGGGCUGUGGUGGUCGCCAUAUAUACUCUUGGUUUCCCAAACACUUCGCAAAUUAAAACAUUUCGUGAAACAUAUGACAAGUUGAAGACUAAUCAGAAUGAGUUUGACUUCGAGAAGGCUAGACAUGAAGUCUUCAAAUUCGGGAUUUCGGGUUUGGAUCGCACGGAGAAACGCGAGGCGAAGAUAGCACACGCUAUAAGUCUCGGAGCAGUUCCUCCAAAAGGAAAGCCUAAAAACUAUAAACUACUAAUGGAUGAGAGAAAGGCUAUGAAAAAGAAAGUUAACGAAGAAAAGGAACAAAAUAGUCAACAAAUACAACACAAGACCAAAAUCUAUAAACAGACGAAAAAGAAGCGAAAUCCGUUACCUCACUUUCCGAAACUGAUGGUCUAG